AUGUCAAAUAAAGAUGAUGAAUUAAUUGAAAUGUUAUAUUCAAAAUCAUGUCUUGAUUUAAAUAUAGAUAUGGAAACAAAGUUAGAUGCAUGGCGUUCAUAUGAACAUAUUCGUAAACAUUAUGUUUUAGAAGGUGAUCAAUUACAUUGGUUAGCUAUUUCAUUAUAUGUAUCAUGUAGAAGAUAUAAACAUCUAACAACAAAUCAGAAUAAUCCAAUAUCAAUAUCACGUUUAUUAAAAAAUUUAUAUUCACUUAUAUGGACAAUAUAUGCAUUAGCUAAAACAAUUUAUCCAUCAACUAUCAAUGAUCUUAUUGCUUCAUUUCAUUUACUUAUUUCUAGUUUUUUUCUUUUAUUUAUGAUUAUGUCAAAUUAG